AUGGUUACUACGGUUCAUCGAGGCCUUGUUACGGUCUUAAGAAGGCUCAACACGAUUACUGGAGAACAACGACGAAACCAGUACACGAAGGAAACUCAGGAAACAAAUAAUGCGCUUUGUUCCAGUUACAAUGAAAUGAUAAGAGCUAUAACGAAACUAAAACACUAUACUUGCUCUGUUUCGUUCAGGAAGAAACUGAUGCAGAAAAUUGCAGAAUUGGUACUAAGACAUCCGGAAAGAGUGAAGAAGCAGGAUUCUCAGAAAGCAAAGAAGCAAGAACAAAUGCAGCCUACAAAAUAG